AUGGGAUCUAUCCCAAAGGAUACUUUGUAUCUCCCGAUUGUUGUGGUGGACGAGAUCCUCGAGUACCUCGACCUGGAAACCAUCAAAUCCCUUCGAUUAACCGACAGAACAUGGAGUCAACUAUGCUUGGGCCCACGCUUCAAAUCAUUUAUGCGCCACCAAUCUACUGAUCUGACCCCACGGAGCCUGGAGUCCCUCAGUGCUCUCUCCUGCCAUGACAUCAUGCGCCCAGCUGUCAAGGAUUUGACUAUAAUCGCAGCAGUCUACGACAGUUUUCUCCUCCAGAAGGUUCUCAGGACCAGUCGAUGCGAAGAUGAGGAUAGUAUUCCCUGGAUAACAGCAAGAGAUUGUACCAUGGAUGAGGUGGUCCAAGCAGAGGCAGAUCUAGCAUGGUUGGAGGAAGAGUCUGCGAGACACCAGCUCGCCCAUGAAGACCACGCCGUGCCGACACUGACAGCCAUAUUAAACAAUUUUGGAAUGCUUAACUUCAUUGCUAUGGAAGCCAAAGGCACUUAUUCCCCACGGCCAGAUUUAUUCAGGUCCCGAGGUGACUGGUAUGCUGUUUGGUGUAAAGCAACCCAGGUCUAUCACAUAGCCAUGUCUGCUAUUGCAAAAAGCACUAUCGAACUCAAUAGCCUCACGGUAUUUAGAAGCCCAAUACGCUCAGCCAUUCCAACCAACGAAAUAACCGCCCAUAUGCUCACCCUCGACAAAGCCGCUUGUACCUUUACCUCGGGCCAGUCGAUCAAGAACUUUUCAAUCGAUCUAUCAACGCGAGUAGAUGCCAAUUCAGAGAGGCUAUCGAAACGGAAAGCCGAAAUGGAAAGAUGGGAGCGUGAAACCCGCCGAAGCUGGCACGGACUCAGGCCGGGGGCUCUUCUUGCGAGUCAUGAUCCCGAAGUGAACUUUGAGAACAACUAUCCUGGCGUCGCUCGAUUACUGCAGAACAUGCCAAACCUAGAGACCUUGACCCUUAAGCUCCGUUGUACAGUGAUUGGGGAUGUAAGCCUAUACCAUCGGCUGUUUGAAUACAUUGCUAGCAAGGUCCGUCUUCGACGGCUGAGGAGACUCCAUCUGCUCGGUAUCUACGCCACUUCAGACUCCCUGCUAGAAUUCCUACGCAACCAUCCCGAUCUUGAAAUCCUGUGGCUCGAGAAAGUGAACCUUGUCUCUGGGUUAUGGGAGCCUGUCUUCACGCAAAUCAGGAAGAUGCCGUCUUUGACGAGGGUUGUUUUGGCGAGUAUUUCCGAGGCAGGACAGGCUUUGAAUCUAAGGCCAGCCGAAGACAAUGACGACCGCAGUGACCCGAGCAAUACAAAUUACUAUUUGUGUACAAGGGGUGUCUUUGUUCACAGACGUGAAUUUGACGCUUGUGACAUCCAGAAGGGAUUUCAGUUCAGCACAGAGUAUCAGGGUGCACCCCAGGGAACACAUGGAUUCACUUCGUUUCUUGUAUUUGACCAGGAACAUUAUGGACUUCCUUAA